GAAGCAGGCUUCCUAUGGAGCAGGGAGCCGAUGUGGCUCGAUGUGGGGCUCAACACCAGGACCCUGGAAUCACGACCUGAGCCAAAGGCAGAUGCUUAACGACUGAGCCACCCAGGCACCCUUAAACUGAGCAUUCUUGUGCACAGCGCUUCUAAUUCGAUUCCCCUGACAACCCUCAAAAAUUUCCUGUUAGUGAGGACAGAAGCGACAGGAACUGAGUCGCCACUGCAGACACGGACGCCAGCAGUCCAACAGUCCGUUCCCCUGGUCUCUUCCUCGGCCCCUGAGCCCCUCCGGGAUCCAGGCAUCUGGAUUCUAGUGUACUCAGGCGCUAGGGCAGGUAUUUCCCUUUGAGUCUCGGCGCAGAACCCCUACGCUCACCACGACCUGACCUUGCCACUGGGCCCCUCAUUCAGCAAGCGGGGUCUUCCUCUCCUGAACCGGUUUACCCACCACCCAGCCCCAGGAACUCCCUACGUGAGGGUCUUGGUGCGGGAAUCUGGACUGAUUGGCCGGUUAGGUGGACGGGAGACGCAACAUUCUCCGGGUAGGUCCCUACGUCACGUGGGGCCCAACGAGUCGGCCUCCUGCGGUCCCCUCCUGACGCAUGCGCCCCACUCACUGUCCCGGUCCAGAACCGAGCUCUAAGCCCCGCGCUGCCCUCCUGGCUCCACCCCCGGCUCAGGAGUCCCGCUUCCCCACCCGCCAGCCGUGGACAGGGAUGACGGCCAGGAUGGGCAGGUAGCUGACACUUGCCGUGAUAAGAAGGAUAACCCACACCGAGACUGGCGCGUCGCAGGGCGGGGGCCCAAACCCAGGGCCGCCUCCGGGCUCCAGGCUAAACGUCGGGGCCCCGCCCUGACCCGUCCCGCCCAGGCCUCGACCCGCCGCGGCCUGCCCGCGGAGCCACGCCCCCGGGAACGCCUCGCGCGGAGGCCGCCCGCUCUCCCCACCUAGGUCGCCGGGCGGGGGACAGGCGCCCCACGCAGCGUCCCUGCCUCCCGGCCUCGUCGGUGCGUUCCCCUGCAACAGCAGUCUGCCCUCCGCCGCGCGGCGGGGCGGCUCGGUGGGCGGAGGCGGAGGGUCCCGCGCCCUGCUCCCGCCGGGGCUGCGCGGAGUGGCUGCAGCCCUGUGCGCCCGCCGAUGGCGCAGAGGGCCGAGCCCCCCGACGGGGGCUGGGGGUGGAUGGUGGUGCUCUCCGCGUUCUUCCAGUCGGCGCUGGUGUUCGGGGUGCUCCGCUCCUUCGGCGUCUUCUUCGUGGAACUGGUGGCGGCGUUUGAAGAGCAGGCGGCGCGGGUCUCCUGGAUCGCCUCCAUAGGGAUCGCGGUGCAGCAGUUUGGGAGUCCUGUGGGCAGCGCCCUGAGCACGAAGUACGGGCCCAGGCCCGUGGUGAUGGCCGGGGGCAUCUUGGCUGCGUCAGGGAUGCUGCUCGCCUCCCUUGCUACCUCCUUGACCCACCUGUACCUCAGUAUUGGGCUGCUCUCAGGCUCUGGCUGGGCCUUGACCUUCACUCCAACCAUGGCUUGCCUGUCCCGUUACUUCUCUCGACGGCGAUCCCUGGCCACGGGCCUGGCCCUGACCGGCGUGGGCCUCUCUUCCUUCGCCUUUGCCCCACUUUUCCAAUGGCUGGUCAGCCGCUAUGCCUGGCGGGGGGCCCUGCUGCUGGUGUCUGCCCUCUCCCUCCACCUGGUAGCCUGCGGCGCUCUCCUCCGUCCACUGUCCCUGAGGGAGGACCCUGUCAUGGGAGGCCCUGGGACCCAGCUCACCUCCCUCCUGCAUCACGGCCCCUUCCUCCGUUACACUGCUGCCCUCACGCUGAUCAACACCGGCUACUUCAUUCCCUACGUGCACCUGAUGGCCCACCUCCAGGACGUGGGUUGGGACCCACUGUCUGCUGCCUUCCUACUCUCGGUCGUGGCUAUUUCUGACCUCGUGGGACGUGUGGCUUCUGGGUGGCUAGCAGAUGCAGUCCCAGGACCUGUGGCACGACUCCUGAUGCUCUGGACUACCCUGACUGGGGUGUCACUGUCCCUGUUCCCCAUGGCUCGCGCUCCCACGGCCCUGACGGCUCUGGCCGUGGCCUAUGGCUUCACAUCAGGGGCCCUGACCCCGGUGGCCUUCUCCAUGUUGCCUGAACUGGUGGGGACUGGAAGGAUAUACUGUGGCCUGGGCCUAGUACAGAUGGUCGAGAGCAUCGGGGGGCUGCUGGGGGCUCCUCUGUCAGGCUACUUCCGGGAUGUGACAGGCAACUACACAGUUUCUUUCGUAGUGGCUGGGGCCUUCCUCCUUGCAGGGAGUGGCAUCCUCAUCACUCUGCCUCACUUCUGCUCCUCGGCCUCCACCUCCACCUCCAAGCCCCGGGACCUGGUCACAGAGGCAGCGGAUACCAAAGUCUCUCUGACCAAGGAAGGGCUGGGAGAGGACUGAACUGCAAAAAGGGGCUGUCAGGCCCAGAGAGCUAGAGCUUGGCAGCUCCAGAUCUUCUCCUCCUGGCCGGUCCUGGUGCCCACAGAACCACAGUGCCUUAAGCAUCUUGAACUGCCUCCCCCCAGGGCAGGCCUGGGGGGGGGGGCGGAUCCUGUGCUGCGUGCGCCAACCCCUGGUAUUUUGUCGAGGACUCUUAUCUCUUCUUUGCUCCCACAACCUUUUCCAAAGGAUCCAGCCUGCUCCCCUGAGCUGUGAGUCAGCUGUGAAAACCAAAGGCCAAGAGACUUAAUGUGUUUUACAUGUGAUCUCUAGUGUCUACCAACUUCCUUCUCUGCAGGCAGAUGUUGGGGAAAGGGGGAUGCCCUUUUGAGAUAUAAGGAAACUAGAUAAUCGUCAGAAUCUCCAAAAGAGCUGGGGCCCAUAUGCUUGGGUUGGCUGAAUGGGCUCGUGGCUAGGAAGCGGAGGGGAGGUACCCCCUUUAACCAUGGACUCUGCUGUCUGGACCGCAGUCCCUCCGUCUGGCCCACUAUCCCCUGUGACUUAGAAGACAGUAGUGGGGACACAGGGUGGGGGUGUCUCGGGAAGGGGAGCUAAAGCUAAAGGUGAGAGCUGAAGUCUGGUCCAGCAUUUCCCUCAGGCCAGUGGAAGGAGCCUGAAAUGCAGGGAAGAGUUAGCUGGGGGGGGCUGGGGGGGCCCCCUCCUGAGCCCCCACCCCCAACACACUGAAGCUGACAGGCAGGCAACUUCUCAGAGUUCACCUGUUUUGUUUUUAUUGUUUUUUGAGAGAGAGAAAAGGAGAGUGAUGGUGGAAGAGGGGCAGAGGGAGAGGGGGAGAG